AUGCCAACAUUUUCAGAAUAUUUUGUCCAUAAUGCUAUUCCGCCUCCAGCCACUUCAUCGUUAUUUUCUUCAUCAAAAAAUGGUUUUGGACAUUAUCGUCGCUUUAAUAGUAAUGUAGCUUAUGCUCAAUGUUAUAAUCCACUUUGUGGUGGUGGCGAUUUGCAACAACAUCCAACCCUUUUUGCUGACCAUUUUGCCGGUACUCUUAUACCAAUGAGCAAUAUUUGGCCCUUUUGUCAUCAUUGUUCCAUGAAUCUUAAAAGAUCAUCCUGGCAACAACCAGCUGCAACACAACAUUGGCCGGCAGAUACAACGUUCUUCGCACUACCAGGAACUUCUGCAUAUGUUGCUAAACCAAGAUUGGACAUACAGUGUGAUACUUCUCCCUUUCCAAGCGAUAUUAGUAGUAGUAGUACAGCUAAUACUGACUAUGCUGAUUCCACUAGCUCUGGAAUUGGUUCUCAUGAUAAUUACUAUCAACAGGAGGAGUCUGGAUAUCUCCCAGGUCAUAUAGCAGUUGCUUCAUCUCAUGUAGCAGUUGCUUCAUCUUCUGACAGCAGCAGCUCUUCACCGCCACAAAUUAUUUUCCUAGGUGAUAGUGACCCUGAAAAUUUGCGUCACAACGCUGCUGGAACAUCAUCAUUGGCAGAUUUUUGUGAUUACGACUUUGCUAGCGCUGUUAAGCAAAAGCCUCAAUUACAGCAGGUCCCAAAAUAUUCCUUACAGUCAACCGGGUUACUACCACAAGUUUCUUCAGACGUGUCGCUUAGAUCAUAUCAAGCAUGUUACCCUUCUGCUAUAAAAUUAUGCACCUUACGAAAAAGAUAUUUAGCGAAAAAAGGGAAAGGCUUAUCGACCGCCAAUCUCCGAUUUGGAACUGGCGCAAGAUCCGAAAGCAUUAUUACUCCUGCUGCUAAUUGCUUUCGUGUUUAUCAGUUUCCUAAUCACUUCUUGCCAUUAAGAAUUGAGACUUACAUCCAUUGUUUAGAAAGGUAUGUUAUUCAUGAAUUCUAA